AAUUAAGGCCACAGGCACAGACUUGAACGGUUCGCAGUUGAUCGCUGCGCUUUUGCACAGUGAGCGAGUGCAGUAUACACAUCAAUUCAGGAGCAUUCAUUCCAAACGACGGCAAAUGCUUUUGCGCGUGCGCCAAAAAACUAAAUGCAAUUAAUUCAUUUACAACAAUUAGUGAGCAGCGAUAAAUUGAUUUUGAUUUUGAUUUUGCGCGCACUUUGAUUAAACCACCAAAUGGAUUAACACUUAAAAACAACAACUAAAUUGUGUCUGUGUGUGUGUGUUUGGUGUGUGUGUUUUCUUGAAAAAAAAAUAAAUAAAAUGGAGCACGCCAGCUUCGAUGAUCAGAUCUUUGGUGACUUUAGCAGCGGUCCACUUAGUCCGCUGGGCGCCAGCAAACCACUGCUGCCCACAUCCACAACAACAAUCACGCAGAGCAGCAGUCUGCAUCCCGUGAUGCUGGGCAGCGUUGUCCACGAACUCUGCAGCCAGCAGCAGCAACAACGAUUGCCCGACUGCAACACGAUACUGCCAAAUGGUGGCGGUGGUUCCGGUUCGCCCAACUAUGCCCAGAAGCUGGACUUUGGCAAUAAGAUGGGCUGCUUCUCGCCCAGCCAGAAAUACGAGUAUAUAACGACGCCACAGAAGCUUGUCGAGCAACAGCAGCAGCAGCAGCAGCAACAUCAUCAGCAGCAGCAACAUUAUGCUGUAACUCCGCCACCUUCACAUUCGCAUCCACUCAACCACAAUGGCAUGUUGCAUCACAAGCCACAGCAGCAGCAGCAGCAACUGGUUGGUAUUUUGAGUGAUUAUCAUGCGCUGAAUGGCAAGCUGGACUAUUCGCCAAAGGAUCCGUAUGAGCCGCAGCAACAGCAACAGCAGCAGCAGCAGCAGCAGCAGCAUGUCCAGCUGCAACAUCAGCAGCAUCUUUACGGCAGCAGUCCGCAUCAUAGUCAUGCCCAUGCCCAUGCACAUGGCCAUGGACAUGGCCACGAGGAUGCCAGCAAUGGUAAUGGUCUGAUGGAAUCCUCGCCGCUGCUGCUCAGCAAUGGCACAAGUGGCAAGCAUAAAAAACCGGAUGACAUGUGCUCCCAACUGGAGAAUGCCUCGACAACGCCCAAUGGCAACAGCAACAACAACAAUAAUAGCAACAGCAACAAUAAUUCCAACUCGCCAACUGGCAGUGGUGCGGGUGGUGUAAAUGCUGCUGCUGGUGUUGGUGGUGGUGGUGCUGCUGGCGUCGCUGUUGCUGUGACCGCUGCCAAAAAGGACAACAACAACAAAAAGAAGGGCGAUCCCAAUGGCAUCAAAAAGAAGAAAACGAGAACCACCUUCACUGCGUAUCAGCUGGAGGAAUUGGAGCGAGCCUUCGAGCGUGCACCGUAUCCGGAUGUGUUUGCGCGCGAGGAGCUGGCCAUCAAGCUGAGUCUGAGUGAGUCCCGGGUGCAGGUCUGGUUCCAGAAUCGCCGGGCCAAGUGGCGCAAACAUGAGCCGCCCCGCAAGACUGGCUACAUCAAGACGAAUACGCCGCCGACGGCGGCAAUGAACAGCACACUGGCGCCACCAUUCGCCAGUUUCCCGCAGACGACAACAGUGACGCCGCCGGGCAGCAUGGACAGCUGGACAAGCUACCAGACACCGUACGAGCUGAGUCCACAGUUUAGUCUAUUGUCGCCGGCCGCAAGUCCGUAUGGCACCUACUCCGGCCAGUAUGGCACCUAUGUGCACGAAUCUCAGCUGUUUCCCAUGCGCCACUUUGACUACGGCAGCCCGCCGCGCAUCGAGAUGAACGGAGCCGUGCCAACUAACGGCACCGCGGAACCGGGCGAAACGGGCAAUGGCUACCAGGCGACAGAUCUGCAGCAGCAGCAACAGCAGCAGCAGCAGCAUCUGGAUGCAGCGAGCAGCAGUCAGCAGCAGUUGGCGGAUGGAACGCUGGUCACAGUGCAUCAGCAGCUAAAUGGCAAGUAUCUCAGCGCAGAGGAGGCUAAAUAUGUUCAGGUGCAGUGCCAGCCGCCAACGGGGCUGGACAACAGCAGCGUUGCUGCCUCCUGUCACAUGGACACGCAUCAUUACGUCACUGCGGCAGCGGCAGCGGCUGCAGCAGCAGCGGCAGCAGCAUCCGGCAGCGAUGACAAUGACAGCGGUCUGCACACUGUGAUCAAGAGCGAGGAUGCAGGCGUCGCUGUGCAACAACAACAACAGCAGCAGCAGCAAGCUCAAAGUUAUGUCCUGCCGCCUUUUUUGAAUUAAGGGAAAUGCUCACACAUCGACAGCAGCAGCAGCAGCGACGCUCUGCCUCUGUCAACGCAACAGUGCGUUUCAAGCGGCCAUUUUGAGUAGAGUCUCUGUUAACGAACACCGACUCGUUAACGAAUCCCAGUGUUUUUGCCACGAAAACCUAUGAGAAAUGCAAACAAUAGACUCAAAUAUCAACUAACUGAAAAGUAACACUAAUAAAGUGUGGUAUUUCUGCUUGUAUUUGAUAAAAACUGGCAGUAAUUAGUUAAGGACUUUAACUUUAAUCCCAACUAGUAACGUACAAAUUUCCAAAUAACAAGCAACUUUUGUCCAUAAGUCACAACAGAGUGUUAUGUCGAUCUCGAUGCAAUGCCGUUUGAAAUGUCCCUGAUUGCGUGUGUGCAGCAUUUCAAGUUGUCCCCAAAGUUUUAGAAAAUGCCAAAAAAUAUAGAUAAAAUGUGGAGCAAAUGUUUUGCCAUAGGUUCCUUGUUACUUUUAAGCAUCGUUUUUUAGUUGAACGACAACAACAAAAUCGACAAGUCUUGCCAAAACUUAAUGCUUUUUUAUUAGUUUUAAUCUAAAAAAAAAAGUGUUGGUUCUUUCAAUUGGCCAACACAUCAUACGGAAUGCAUUCCAAAUGUGCCUUACUAGCAGUGACCAGAAUAUGUGGGCAAUUUCCCUUUGCUUCGAUUCUGGCACUGAAUAUACCUAAAAUUAAUUAACCCUAAUUAUAUCAAAAACUGUUGUGUACAUAGACAAUAAAAAUGUUUGUAUGGAUUGUAUAAUUGGCGUAUGAGCUAUACAAAAAUGUUAAUA